AUGUCUAACCCGACAGCUAUCCCACUCAACGACAAGCUGAAAACGGCCAUCAACCGUCGUACGAAACCCAACGCAUUUACUCUCGAUGUCGUCAUCAACAAUCUUUUUCGGCCCUUGUUCCACUCUCCUACCCUCUCUCUCAUAGCUACCAUCCUUUCUUUCGUUCGAAUUGUCGGUGGUUUAAACAACCUUCAAUUCUUGCGAGAGAGAAAAGAUCUGAGUCGAAGGGAAAAACUCGCUUCCCUCUUCACAGACUUUGUUGCUGGCUGGAGCGACCCCGGCAACCGUCUCGCUAAAUACUACCUCCUGAUUCGGCUACUGAAAACGGUCAACGCAAUUGGUAACCGACUCUUGAUCAACCGACAAGGGAGGAGAAAUGUUCGAUGGCACGAACAUGUAGUAGUCAUCACCGGCGGUGCACGUGGGAUUUGCGGACACAUAACCAAAAUGCUCCGACAAAAAGGAGCCACUGUAGUCGUGUUGGAUCUCCUAGAGAAGUCAGAACACGGAUUGGAAACGUUAUAUGUCCAAACCGACGUGACUGACAUCCAGUCCUUGGAGAAAGCAAAGAAGACAAUUGAGGAAAAGGUGGGAUACGCUACAAUGCUCGUCCUCGGUGCAGGUAUCGCUCGACACUCAUUCUUGCUCGACACAGAAGAACAGUUCCCGUACCAUUUGGCCAAGCAAGUUUCAGAGGUCAACUACCACGGUGUUCUGGCCUGUCUUAAGACUUUCGGCGAGCACAUGCUCCCGGAUGGCGGAGUCAAAGAUCGACCUUACAAGCAAGCCAAAAACGGUUGGGGAGGUCACAUCUUAACCAUCGGAUCUGGAGCGGCGUACAUCGAACUCCCAGCAAAUGCAGCUUAUAACGCCUCUAAGGCAGCCGUUCUUUCCCUCCACUCUUCACUGCAGAGUGAGUUGCAGGCUUAUCACAGGGUGGAUAAUGUCAGAGCUUCAGUCAUCUGCCCGCUGAAGAUCGAAAGUAAGAUGACGGAGGGAAGGAUGAUCGAUACCCGCGAUCAAUUCAUGCUGCCGACGUUGACUAUUCCGGAAGCGGCAGGGAAAAUUGUGCAAGUGUUGGAGGGGGAUAAGAGUAGAAUUGUUUACAUUCCAAGGGCGAUGUAUGGGAUGAGUUAUUUGAGUAAAGUGCUGCCUGCGUGGCUGUUGAGGUCGGUGCAAGGGGGGUUGGGAGCAAUGGAUACUUUCUUGGUUUAUGCUAAGGAGUAUAGGAAUCGGGAGGAGAACAUUCAUCAGUAG